AUGACGACUCCAGAACAUGUGACAACAGCAAAGGAAAAGGUCAACUAUUGUGUGAGGCCUCCUAAGACUAACAAGGUUAGAUUGAGGAUACACCAUAGGGGACAACUAGUGGAGGAACCUGUUAAGUGGUAUGUUAAUGGCCAAGUUACUGAGAUGAAAUGGGGUUGGGAUGUAGAUUAUAUUUCAUACAUGCAGAUACAAGGCAUGAUUAAGAGUGAGGGUUAUGCAAAUAUUAAGUGUCUAUGGUAUUGGAAUCCUGCAUAUAGUUUUGCCCGUGGUCUUAGACCAUUGAACAAUGAUACAGAUGUUCUGCAGUUUUCAAAAGAUGUGGAAGGAUAUGAAGUAGUUGACUUAUAUGUGGAGCAUUCAAUUGAAAUUCCUGAUAUUGUUGAUGAAAGUGAGUUAGAUGCUAACAUUGAGGUUGAUGAUGAUGUACAAUGCACUGGUUUCAAUUGUGCAAAUAACAUGAAUGAGGAUGUUGGGGCUGGAGUUGAUAAUGAGGAUGAAAACAUUGAUGAGGCUGAUGGUGUUGGUGAAGGUGGUGAAGCUGGAGUAGGUAAUGAGGAUGAUCAGAAUAAGGCUGAUGGUGUUGGUGAGGGUGUUGAGUCUGGAGUAGCUAAUGAGGCAGAAGCUGGUAAUGAGGAAGAUGAUAUUGAUGAGGAUUAUGUGGCAAGUGAGAGUAGCUAUGAGGAUAGUGAGUUUCAAUUUAGUGGAGAAUCUGAUGUGAGUGAGAUGAAUUGGACCAAGGUUCUUCCACAAGAGACUUUGGGGUCUGAUGAUGAGGAUGAGGAGGGUCUGAAAUUUCCUACUUAUAAAUCAGGUGAAGGGAUGAAAUUUCAAUUAGGGAUGAUGUUCACUAAUAAAGAGGUGAUUAGGGAUGCAGUGAAGGACUAUGGUAUGGAAAACCAAAAGAAUGUCUACAUCAAGAAAAAUGAUUCCAAAAGGGUUGUGGUUCUUUGCACUGAUGGUUGUAAGUUCUAUAUGAGGUUCAGCAAGAGAAUUGGGAACCAAUUUUGGCAAGUGGUGAGUUUGAUUGAAGAACACACAUGCCACAGGACAGCUGAUAAUAGAAGUACAAACACAAAGUGGCUUGCCAAAAGGUUUGCAACCACUCUUAGACACAGUCCACAAAUGAAACCAGCAGGCCUGAUAGCUGAAGCUCUUGAGAGAUGGGGAGUGAAAUUGUCUCAUGACCAAGCAUAUAGGGCCAAAAGGAAAGCAAUGGAGUUGGUUCAAGGUGCUGGUAUAGAGCAAUUCUCUCAUUUGAGAUCUUAUGGACAGGAGAUAUUGAAAUCAAACCCCAAUAGUACUGUUGUAAUACAGUGUGCUAAUAGUAGUGGUCUCCAUGUGUUUGAAAGAAUCUACAUAUGUUUAGAGUCUUGCAAGGUAGCCUUUGCUAAGACAUGUAGGCCACUAAUUGGGUUAGAUGCCUGCUUCUUAAAAGGAGAUUAUGGUGGACAACUAAUGGCUGCAGUAGGGAGGGAUGGUAAUAAUCAAAUUUUUCCAAUAGCCUAUGCUGUAGUAGAAGCUGAGACCGGGGAUUCAUGGCAAUGGUUUUUGGACCUUCUUCUGCAUGAUCUGGAAGCUGUUCAAGCCAUUAGUGACAAUGUGGAGUGUAGAUUGUGUGUCAAGCAUUUGUAUGGAAAUUGGAAGAAGAGACACCCAGGACUUGAACUCAAAGAAGUACUGUGGGCUGCUGCUAGAGCAACAACAAUUCCUGCUUGGGAAAAGGCAAUGUUGAAAAUGAAGACAAUGAAAGAGGAAGCAUGGAAGGACAUGGUGGAUAUACCUGCUGGCCAUUGGAGCAGAUCACAUUUCAACACCUAUACCAAAUGUGAUUUACAGGUAAACAAUAUGUGUGAAGCAUUCAACAGGGCUAUUUUAGAGCAUAGAGAGAAACCUAUUAUCACAUUAUUGGAGGGCAUCAAACAAUACAUCACUAAGAGGAUUACAAAUGAGAAGGAGUUACUUCAGGGGUACACAGGAUCAAUAUGUCCUAAAAUUCAACUGGUCAUUGAGAAGCAUAAGAAGCAAGCACAAGGGUGGAGUCCUACUUGGCAUGGUGAUGAUGACCUUUCCAUAUUUGGUGUCACCAAUGGCAAUGAUACAUACUGUGUUGAUCUUAAGAAGGAAACUUGCUCAUGUAGGAAGUGGCAACUGACUGGUAUACCUUGCAGCCAUGUGAUUGCAUGCAUUUGGAACAUUAAGAAAAAGCCAGAGGACUAUGUUGCUUCAUGCUAUAGGAAAUCAACUUUUAUGGAGACUUAUUCCCACAUUGUGUAUCCAACCAAUGGACCACAAUUGUGGCCUGUGGAUGAUCAGAAUAAGGUUGAACCCCCAGUUAUGAGAAGAGAAAUAGGAAGGCCAGAAAAACAGAGGAACAAAACAAAUGAUGAACCAAGGAACCCCCACAUUUUGCCAAGGAGGUUUUCCACUGUUACAUGUGCAAAGUGUGGUGCUAUGGGACAUAACAAAAGGAGCUGCAAGGGUAAGAGGGCUGCAGAUAGGGCAAUUCCAAAGGGUGGCAACAAACCAAAGAAGGCUGCCAAGACCAAGAAGGUGAAGACUAAGGAGAAGCAAGUAGAAAUUGGUCAAGGGUCACAAGCUCCUCAACCUACUCAGGAGUAG